GUCGUAUAUCAAGAAAGGCUCAGUUUUUAGUUGGGUAGUUUCAGCUUUUCCACUCCUUCCUCUCCUCUCCUUAGUCUCAGUCCUCUUUGUUUCAGUCAGUACAUUUGUAGUAACACCCAUUCCCUGACUAUUAAACACCCAACCUGGAAUACUGGUUUUACGACGAGAGUAGACCACAUAGCUAACAUUCUGUCACACACAGUGUUAGUCACACAGUUUCACUGAAGCUGUUAACUUCAGGAGCUCAUUUUCUCAGUUUUCCCAUUCACUUUUUGUCAAGUCUUUUCUGUAGCUGUUGAUUUCAACACAUUUUAUUAAGAGUUUGACACAUUGCUGCUGAGCUAGAUCACCUGUGGAUUUCAAUUUUGUCGUCAUAUCAGCUGGACAUCUUUUUUUAACUCCUGGUUAAAAAAAAAAAAUGUCUCACCCGAGCACGCUGGAUUUAGACAGAUACAGCACCCUGGACAAAUCUCGUCGCUCUACCAGUCGAAGUCAGCUUAGGGUUAAGGAUAAGUAUGGGGAUGUCCUGUGUGACUUCUGCACAUCAAGGAAGCAGAAGGCUGAGAAAUCCUGUUUGGUGUGCCUGGCAAACUACUGCGAGACUCACCUCCAGUCUCACUAUAGCUAUCCGGCCCUGAUGAAGCAUAAGCUGGUCAAAGCUACGGGUCAGAUGAGAGAGAAGAUGUGUGCACAGCAUGACAAGCUACUGGAGGCUUUUUGUCGCACUGAUGAGACAUCAGUUUGUGUUCUGUGCAUGAUGGAUGAACACAAACACCACGACACCGUCCCAGCCGGAACUGAGAGAACUGAGAAACAGAAACAGCUUGGUACAACGCUGCACAAAUCUCAACAGAGGAUUGACCAGAGAAUUAAAAAGUGGCAGGAUCUCCGGCAAGCUGUGGAAUCAGUUAAACACUCUGCUCAAACGGUCCUGGAGGAGAACGAGCGGAUCUUCACUGAGCUUUUACUCUCCAUAGAGAGGAAGUACAAUGAAGUCAAGGAGAUGAUCCGCUCCCAUGAGAGGACCACUGUGACACGGGCCGAGAUACUGCUCGACCGCUUGGAGGAGGAGAUCACCCUGCUGAGGAAAAGACACAACGACCUGGAGAAGCUCUCACACACUGAUGAUCACAUACACUUUCUACAGAGUUGGCAGUCUCUGUCAGGACCCUCAGGAUAUGAGGACCUCAACAACAUCAGUGUCGCUCCCUACUACUCUUUUGAUGCGACCAAGAAAGCCAUUGCUGCAUUGAAAUUACAAGUAGAAGAAGUCAGCAAGACUGAAAUGAGCAAAAUUUCAGGAGCAGUGAAAGAAGUCUACAUCACACAAGAAGGCGAGACAAAGACAAGAAGAGAAUCAAGUUUGAGGGAAGAACCAAAGACAAGAGAGGAACCAAGAACAAGAGAGGAUUUUUUGAAAUACGCCUCCCAGUUGAUUCUGGAUGUCAACAGUGUCCACCCCAACCUUCACCUCUCUGAAGGUAACCGAACAGCUACGAUGAAGAGUGAGCCUAAGAACUACCCUGACCACCCUGACCGAUUUGACCACUGGCAGCAGGUGCUGUGCAAGGAGAGCGUGAGUGGGAGUCGUUGUUACUGGGAGGUGGACUGGAGGGGCACAGAGAUAGACGUGGCUGUCACCUACAGGGGAAUCCGCCGUAAAGGAAACGGGAAUGAAUGCAGCCUGGGCUGGAACGACAAGUCCUGGAGUCUGUACUGCUCUGACUCCAAAUUUUCCAUUGUGCACAAUAACAAGAGUAAAGACAUUCCAGCUCCUGUGACAUCCCGUAUUGGUGUCUACCUGGAUCAUGCAGCAGGCACACUUGCAUUUUACAGUGUCUCUGAUGGCAUGCAGCUUCUGCACAGAAUCCAGACUACAUUUACAGAGCCCCUCUACCCUGCAUUCAGUGUGUGGGGCUUUGGUACCAGUAUAAGACUGUAGGAGAGCAAGUUACACAAUAUCCCAAUAUUGCUGUAAAAUUUGAGUUGGAUUUAUUCUUGUUGUAUUAGUUUUACCUAUUGCUAGAAUUAUUGUACAAAUAUUCAGUCCAAUCAAUAUGUUUUGAAAAACAUAAAAAAAAAUGUGUGAGCUGUAGGUAGGAAACAUGUUAAAUCCCGUUAUAUUGUUAUGUUAAAGCAUGUUAUAUUUACAGUUAAUUAUUGGUAUGUUAGAUGCUGUCUGUGAAAUUGAAUCACAAUAGUUACCGUGGACUCCAACAUGGGGUAGGCCCUCAAAAAGCCUGUUAUUAAUUUUUAUCUGCAAUUUUGAAAUGUUGUAUUAUUAGCAUUAUAAAUCAACUAUCAUUGUUGGCUGAUUAGAUUUGACAGGUG